AUGAGGAAGAAGGCUGCGGGGCCGGACGGCGAGGACCGCACGAGCGAGCUCCCGGACGCGCUGCUCCACCACGUGCUCUCGCUGCUGGCGGUGGACGAGGCCGUGCAGACGUCCGUGCUCGCCCGCCGGUGGCGGCAGCUCUGGAAGGGCAUGCCCGCCCUGCGCCUCGUCGGUCCCAGGACGAGGUUCCCGAGCGCCGAGGAUUUCGACAGGUUCGUGAACCGCCUCAUCGCCGUCCGCAGCGAUUCGCCUCUCGCCAGCUGCGAGAUCGUUGAGGUUCAGGUGCUCAAAGUUGUCGGCGACCUUGUUGGCUCCGAAACAGAGCUCGUCGUGCCUCUCAUCUCCCAGCACCUGACGAGCUUGGAUGUGCACCAUGUGUUCUCGGACAAAGAUUUCGUGGAUUUCUCGAGCUGCCCGGUGUUAGAGGAGCUGAAGAUGCUGGAGUGUGGCUUUUGGGUGCAGAGCAUGUCAUUUCCAUCAUCGCUGAAGCGUAUGUGCCUUGUGGAAUGCAACUUCCCCGAGGGUUACCGCGUUCGUAUUUCCGCACCUAGUGUUGUUUCGCUGCGCCUCGAUGAUUGUCGAGGCAAGACUCCUUUGCUCGAAAGCAUGCCGCUGCUGGAAACAGCGUCCAUUUACCUUUCCUAUGGGUGCAAGGAUCAGUGUCGGGGUUGUGGCGGUGAUGAAAGCUGUGAAGGUUGUCAUGGCUAUCCUGUUGGGAGUUAUCAGAGCGUGCUUCUGAAUAGUUUGUCUAAUGCUGUUAAUUUGGAGUUGAAAGAUCAACCUAAAGUGUAUAUCUACAAAAGGGAUUUGGAAUCUUGCCCCAUAUUUGGAAGAUUAAAGACCCUUUUACUCGACAUGUGGUGUAGAGCUAUUGACAUGCAUGAACUAGUUCGCAUUCUUCAGCACACGCCUAUUCGUGAAAAGCUCACUCUUCAGCUUCGUAGUGACGAGAACUUCUUAAACGCAGGCCGAGGUGAAAGAAAACAUGUUCGCAUUGAGCAAUCAUUUGCAUGUGCACAUCUUAAGGAAGUCAGUAUUGAAUGUGAAGAGAAACUAAGGAUCAAGGAUAAAGUCAGGCAAAUUGUGAAGAUCUUGAAUAGAAGUGGCAUGCUUACUGAGCAAAUCAGUUUCAAGAAGAUCCCAAGGCCAGAAGGCUAUUAUUUCCAAGUUGUAUCACCUAGGGCCUGCGAUGACAACUGGUCCGGUUUCGGUGGCAACUAA